CUGUGCAUGUUUAAACUGCUUGAACUUUAAGGGUUAUAGUUUGAAUUGUAGUUAAACAAUCGUCGCUUCAAUUCAGAAUUGAUCUAAAAAAAGAUAGACAUUCGGCAAGUUAUUUGGACGCAACAAGUUUAGUUUUAAGACUUGAGGGUUUUCAAAAUCACGAUGGCCAGAUUGCUUGUUGUAUGUAUGAAACAAAGCAGCAUCGCACUUACACUCUCUCUUAUAUGUGUCUGCUUUGUAAAUGCGUACAAUCGACCAGAGGUACAACCAUAUGCAAAAGCUGCAGACUGCAUUUGUAAACCGGAAGUCACACUUUGCAAGUGCAAAUUUGUAGUAGAACACCGUUUGUCGAUGGUUCUUCACGAAGAAAGGAAAUUAGUUCGUGCAGCUAAUGGGUUCUUAGUUUACAAUAACAACAAUAUAAGGUUAACUAAGAAUGAGUCAGAGAGAGUGAUCACGACUGACGGGGUAGGCUCUAGACUCGUCAUUGCUAUAAAUGGUAAAUUUCCUGGACCAAGAGUAGAAGUAUUCGAAAACCAAGAGAUUGAGAUAACGGUUGUUAACACAUUUCAUACUGACAGCGUGACAGUUCAUUUCCACGGCAUACAUCAGAGAAACACACCAUGGAUGGAUGGAGUGGCUUUCAUCACACAAUGUCCAAUCCUUCCUGGUCAAAGUUUUGUAUAUCGUUUCAAGGCAUAUCCGCCAGGAACCAGUUUUUAUCAUGCACAUAUUGGGGACCAGCGUAGCAUGGGAUUAUACGGCCCAUUCAUCGUUCGUAAACGAGAUAUUGAACCGAUAAGCGAAAUUAUUGUUACCCUGCAAGACUGGAAUCACAAUAUGGACGCUGAGACAGCGUACUUGAGGAUGAUAACUGAACAAUACAAUUUUGAUUACAGUCCCGCUCAAAUUGUUGAUACUACAGUAUCGGUCGAUAACGGCAAAUUCAGCAGAUUUGAGUUCAAGUCUGGUCUUAUUAAUGGAAAGGGGAGAUACUGGAGAAGUGCCACUGGACACAACAGCGCCCCAUUAGAAAUCUUUAACGUGACGACAGGACGAAUUUAUCGCUUUCGAGUGAUUGGAGCCAUGACACUUUAUCCAAUGAGGGUUUACAUUGAAGGUAUCCCACUGUCUCUAAGAUCGUCUGACUGUUUCAACAUCGAAAAUCAAGAAAUCCAAUCAAUUAUUGUACAUCCGGGUGAACGAUAUGACUUUCAUGCGACCUUCACAGACAAUGGUAGAAAGCAAUACCUACUUAUUGCAGAAACGAUUGAAACAAGAGCAAGUCACGGGAAGUAUCAUGCUGCAGAAGCGAUAAUAUUUGCCAAUAACGCGCCCGGAUUAGUUGAUCUUGCCCCUGUAAACAACAAAAUUGAAACAUGCUAUAUUCAAACAAAUUGUAAAACAUUUAAUUGUCCUUACGGCUUUACCGGAACCAACAUAAACAAUUGUUUAAACUUCAAUGACGUAAAGAACACUGAUCCAUACCGCAAUCCUUCAAAAGUACAAGGUAAUAAAGUAGACAAUGAGUAUUUUUUCAAGUUUGCGUUCCCAGGGUUUCCAGGAAACACGCCGGGGUCAGUAAACGCAAGGGAAUUCAUCCCGCCAACAUCUCCGUUGUUGACGCAACCAAACGGCCUUACAACUCGAUGUAACGAAAAAAGGUGUCGAGAAAAGGGCGUCUGCAGUUGUACAUACAUUCAAGAGAUUCCUGGAAACAAACUUAUUCAAAUGACGUUCAUGAAUAUCGGAAAUGGAUCAGGAUGGUCACAUCCUGUACACCUUCAUGGUCAUUCAUUCUUCGUUAUGAAAAUGGGCUUUGGGACAUAUAAUGCCAUUACUGGGAAGCUUCUCGAGGAGUCAAGAGAUAUUAAUUGUACGGAUAAGUAUGGCUUCUGUUCUCAAAUGGAAUGGGCUAACAGCAAAUGGAAUGGAGGGAAUAUACCAGGACAAAAUCCAGAACCACCGAUUAAAGACACAAUCGUUGUUCCUACAGGUGGGUACGUUGUAAUUCGGUUCAUCUCGGACAAUCCCGGAAUGUGGUUCCUACACUGCCACAUUGAUCUGCACAACACGAACGGAAUGGGGAUGGUUGUGAAUGUCAAUCCUGGGAACCAUCCGAAACCACCUACCGGUUUUCCUAUUUGUGGAAGUUUUUUUAAUAACGGCAAAUCACAACCGGAUGUUGACAUUAUAUGCUCGGCUGGUGUUGGAGAAAUUGUUGGUGUAGCUAAUGGAUCAUUUGUCUUCGGUCUUUUGGUCGCACUUCUCUGUGCCAUGGGAGUAUAAAAACGGAAAGAAGGCAGUUGAAUUGAAAAUUGCGUGACAGAUUGAUAGUGAAGUUUUAUUUUAGCAAGGAUGUUUCAUACUUAUUUUACUCCUUACCUUAUUAACAUAACUUUAAAGGGAAUCCUAUAUGAAUAUGUUUUAAGUUAUCAAUUAUUUCUAUAUUAUACAUACAAUUUUUUUUCUAACUUUUGUAGUUUUAUUUCAUUUGUUUCAUGAGCACCUAAUGUUAAGGGGUAGAAAAUUUUAACUAUAUAACUAACUAUCUAUAGAAGGAUAUGAGUAAAUUGUGCAAAAGGAUAAGAACUUAAAAUGGCCCUAUUCUAGCAAGAUCAAACCAAAUACGAUUCAGAUAUGAUUUUUUUUUCUUUCUAUAGAGAGUGCAAGUAUGUGUUUGAUGUAAUAAUAAUGGAAUUAGAACGUGGAAUACGUUUUUUUACCUGAAGAUAUAGUGCAAAAUCUGAAUAAAGAAAUAGUGCAAAAUCUAAAAUAAUUUGUGAAAAAAAGGUAGCAAGAUGCAGACGACCAGUGGGGACAUUUUAACUUCAUGAAUUCCCGAUUUCAUCUUUUCAUAAAUUCAUAAUUUUCACUUCGGGAAUUCACAUUUUCAACAUACGGUAUUCACAAAUUUACGACUGUUACUAUUCCAAUUUUCGUGAACUUGAAGUUGAAAUUGGAAAUUCAUGUAGAUUAACUCGAUAAUUCAAGACAUGUUACCACCGAUUUUUCGUACAAAGUACAUGUUUUUGCUUCUAAAAUUAAAUGCAAACUACGCAAAGAUAGCCCGGCGAUAGGGCAAAUAAGAAACGUUUUUUUUUAAACUUUAACAGCAAAACAAGUAAUAAACAAAAAGUUUUAUAAAAAUAAAAUGAUCUAAAUUUUUGGGAUAAAUGGGAAUUAAACAUUUCAGUUGGAUUUCUAAAAUGUCACAAUGCCAUUUCUUGGUAAUAUGGCACGCUUAUUGCAAAAAUAUGUUUUAACAAACCAAGAUUUCCAUAGAUUAUGUCUUACAGUAAAGUGUAUUCUGUUAAAGUUAUGACUUUUUAUUUACAUUAAAUUUAAUGAUCGUCACAACGUGAAAUUACUUCACGAACUCUUUUAGUAGUAUAUUUUUACUCCUUUAUAUAUGUACAUUGUAUGCGUAUUUAUAAUGAUUUUACUUUAUUUUGUAGCAUAAAAUUUAGAUUUUAAAAGCAUAUUAUGCCUCAAAAAUUCAAUUUUUUAGACAUGUAUUUUUUAUUGUUUUCUUGAUUAAUUAAGUGCAUAUAAGGUGUUAACUGAAGAAAGUAGUCUGAAGAUGUAGUAAGGAGCAAGAUGUAAUCAAAGUGGUAUUUUGACUUCCAUCACUAGACUAAACAAAUAGCCAACAGAGCAAAAGAAGCAAAAGAGAAAUAAGAAAGAUAGCAUUUCUGAAGCAUAAUGUGCCUUAAAACAUUACUAUUGGAAUGUAUGUCCUGAAAAGAAUGUUUGUCCCUUUAACCUGCUUGAAGCUAAACUCCACCAGUAUAGACUGACGGGCGUAUUGUAUGACCAAUUUGAACUUUUAUUGAUAAUUACAAAUGAAAAUGUUUAUUUUUUAGUGUAUCAGGUGUUAACCUUUUUGUUAGUUAAGUGUCUUUGUGUAAAUGUUUACUGUUUGUUAGUUUUAGAUGUAAACGUAGCUUUGAUACUACAUUCUACAAACUUAACUUACUAAUAAGCAGAUUUUUAAUUACUUAAUAUUGUUGCAAUGCUGUUUUGAUGAUUCCAUACAACAUGAUAUCAAGGGUAGUUUAUUAUAUAGAUUUAACAUUUUAGUAUAUGAGUCAACAUCGCUUACCUAUGGUAAAUAUUCCGUACACAUAGCAUUAAAUGUAGUUAUCAACGGUAUAGAUUCCAUACAUUCUACAUUAUAUAAUGAACUAUGGACUGAAUAUUCUCGUAUACUGGUAAUGUUUGAAUUUGGUAUAAUAUACAUUUUUAUGUAGAUUUUAUGUAAUGUGAUUUAACGAUGCAUCAACAAUAAACUCUGUUUUAAUAUA